UCCAAAUAUCUCUCGUCUAAUGCUUGUUUUUCCUCGGUUCGGCAGGCUGCCUGGCUGGGAUUGCUAGGUCUCCAGAUUGCCCUGACAGUUCUAUGGUCCUUACCCGCCGCCGACAGGACCAUGACAUCCAUUCCAGCUAAUGCUGUCUUGACUUUCGGAGCGUUGGCUCUUUGUUUGCUAUCCCAUGCAGAACACACGCGAUCUGUCCGACCAUCCUUUAUAUUAAACACCUACCUAUUCUGCAGCCUGCUUUUUGAUGGUGCACACGCCAGGACCCUGUGGCUUCGCCGCGGGGAUCAAUUCGACCUGAUUAUUGCAAUCGUUACAACCAUCGCUGUGGGGGUCAAAUUACUUUUGCUUGUUCUUGAAGCUGUUGAAAAGAGAGACAUCCUCAAGCCGGAGUAUAAGGGCUACCCUCCUGAGGCAACUGCAGGAUUCUAUAACCGAGCCUUUUUCUGGUGGUUGAACCCACUCUUCAAGAAAGGUUUCUCGAGUAUACUUUCAGUGGAGGACUUGAAUAUUUUGGACAAAGAAUUGAGUUCUGAGAGGCUCCUGGCUAAAUUUGAGGAAAGAUGGAGCAAUUUGAAAACAAAAUCUCCGAACUCGCUACAAUUGGAGUCCUUCAAGGCUACCAAGGGUCCACUACUAGCGGCAGUUCCGGCCAGAGCAUGCGUGGUUGCUUUCAACUUCUGCCAGCCGCUGCUGCUAACCAGGUCGCUCAAGUUCUUCGAAGAGCCCAUCACCAGCUACACCAACAAUGUCGGUUAUGGCUUAAUUGGCGCCUACUUCCUGGUCUAUGUUGGCUUGGCGGUCUCUAUGGGCCAGUACCAGCACCUAACCUACCGAGCCAUUACUAUGGUACGCGGUAUCAUGGUCACGAUGCUGUAUAAGAAAGCAAGCAGCCUCAACAUGACCGAGGCCGAUCCGGAGAAUUCUUUGACUCUGAUGAGCGCCGAUGUCGAGCGGAUCACGCAAGGCUGGCAGACGAUGCAUGAAAUCUGGGCCAACUCGUGUGAGAUUGCGCUGGCCAUCUUCCUUCUGGAGCGACAACUCGGUAUUUCGUGCGCCGUUCCAGUGUGCGUAGCACUUGUCGCCUUAGUUGGUUCAUUGAUUGGGAUGUCAUUUGUCGUGUCGCGGCAAGCCAAGUGGCUCGAGGCCAUCGAGCGACGGAUAUCAUCCACCUCCGGCAUGCUUGGAUCAAUCAAAGGCGUUAAGAUGCUGGGUCUGCAAACUUCUUUCAUGAACCUUGUUCACGGCCUGAGGAUCGACGAGUUGAACAUCUCGAAGAAGUUCCGAACUCUACUGGUAUACAACAUGGCUUUUGCCUGGUUGACGCGCAUCUUCGCCCCGAUCUUCACAUUUGGGGUUUAUGUCGCCAUAUCCCCCAACAGCUUGACCUACACCAAGGUGUAUACCUCGCUGUCUUUGUUCUCGCUUCUGUCUGAUCCUCUGUUAACCUUGGUCAUGGCCCUGAUGUCCUUUUUUGGGUCGACGGGGUCAUUUACUCGAAUCCAACAAUUCUUGGACAAGGAAAACCACUCUGAUCACCGACGCAGUCCCUCUCAAACUUUGUUUCUGGAUGAUAUGGGUGACGCCAAAUUAAUUUCUCGGUCUGGGGAUUUGACAUUGACUUCCAGCACCACCGAGUCUCUGGAGUCGCUCAAGAAGCGCGGAUCAACAACGACCCUCACUAAUGCGGUCAUGGUCCAAAAUGGAACAUUUGGAUGGGAUGCAGAUAAGGAGCCAGUUCUCAAAGACAUCACAGUUACCGUUCCCCGAGGCAGCUUUACUAUGCUUAUCGGCCCCUCCGGGUGCGGUAAGUCGACCUUGCUCAAGGCUCUUCUGGGUGAAAUCCCUUGCUCAGAGGGCAAAAUUGAAUUGUCCUCAAAAAGCGUCGCAUUCUGUGAUCAGACCCCAUGGCACAUGAACGGCACCGUGAAAGAUAGCAUUGUGGCCAUGUCGCCUUUUGACGAAAGGUGGUAUGCAUCGGUGGUCCAUGCUUGCGCUUUGGAAGAGGAUCUCACACAGCUUCCCCGUGGUGAUAACUCUGUGAUUGGAAGCAAAGGCAUUGCCCUCAGUGGAGGACAGAGCCAACGUAUUGCGCUUGCCCGGGCCGUGUAUGCCCGAAGAAAGAUUAUCCUUCUAGACGACGCAUUGAGCGGCCUCGACGCCACCACGGAGAAUCACCUCUUCCAUAGCCUGUUCGGUCACUAUGGACUGCUAAGGGAAAUUGGCACAUCUAUCAUCGUCGCCUCAUCAUCCGUCAAGCGUCUUCCUUUCUCUGACCACAUCGUGGUCCUCGACAAGGCAGGCCGCAUUAUUGAACAGGGAAGCUACAGCGCACUGAACAAGACCGGCGGGUAUGUGUCGAGCUUUGGGCUUGGUGCAGCCGACUGGGAAUACAAGAACAGGUUUUCAGAGCCUCCCAGUCGCACCAGCAUUGACUCUGUUCAAAGGGUGAAAGAGGCAAUGGCGAAGAGACCCCCCAAGGAAGUCCGCAACACUGGCGGUGACAUUUCGAUCUACAUGUACUACAUCAACGCCAUCGGAUGGUUCCCUACCAUUGUUUUCAUGGUGGCUAUGGCCGUAUUUGUGUUCUGCAUCUCUUUUCCCAGCAUCUGGUUGAAAUGGUGGUCACGGUCCGAUACGUUGGAGCCAAAGCAGCAUAUCGGCUAUUACCUGGGAAUCUACGUGAUGCUCGGCUGUGUCGCCAUGCUGGCUCUCAUUGCUGGCUGCUGGGAGAUGGUGAUCCAUAUGGUCCCCAAGUCCGGGGAGAACUUCCACCGCAAGCUGUUGAACACCGUCCUCCGCGCCCCGAUGGUAUUCUUCUCGAUGACCGACACCGGUGCAAUCCUCAACCGGUUCAGUCAAGACUUGCAGCUCAUCGAUAUGGAGCUCCCCAUUGCGGCUAUCAACACUGUGGCAACAUUCUUCCUUUGCCUUGCGCAGAUGGCCCUGAUUGGAGUCUCCUCGAAAUACGCGGCCAUAUCUUUCCCAAUCGUGCUUGGUAUCCUGUUCUUUGUCCAAAAACUGUAUCUGCGUACGUCGCGACAGCUUCGUCUACUGGAUCUCGAGGCCAAGGCACCUCUCUACUCCCAUUUCACCGACUGUCUCCAGGGCCUUGUUACUCUGCGGGCCUUUGGCUGGCAAUAUGCUAUGGAAAGGAAAAACAUUGAGCUACUGGACUACUCGCAACGGCCAUUCUACUUCAUGUUUGCCAUCCAGCGGUGGCUCACUCUGUCGCUGGACUUGGUAGUGGCCGGAAUUGCCGUUCUCUUGAUCGUGUUGGUCGUAACCCUACGUGGGUCGUUGAGUAUGGGCUACGUUGGUGUUGCCCUCCUGAACGUCAUCAUGUUCAGUCAGAGUAUCAAGCUCCUGGUGACCUUCUGGACAAAUCUGGAGACGCAUAUUGGCUCCAUCCAGCGCAUCAAGCACUUCACGACCAAUAUCAAGCCGGAGGACCAGCCUGGUGAAGACGGUGAUGUGCCACCCAACUGGCCGUCGACGGGCGCAGUAACCUUCAGUUCAGUUUCGGCAGCGUACAGACCGGAGGAGCCAGUCCUUAAUGAUGUCUCGCUCACCAUCAAUCCGGGCGAGAAGAUUGGCAUUUGUGGACGAACGGGAAGCGGCAAAACGUCGAUGAUCAUGAGCAUCUUCCGGAUGAUCGAGCUAACCAGCGGCACAAUCACCGUGGACGGCGUGGAUCUGACUCGGGUUCCCCGGCAGGAGAUCCGAUCGCACAUCAACGGAGUCUCACAAGACUCGCUCCUGAUCCAGGGUAGCGUACGCCGGAAUGCCGACCCAGCCGGGACGCAGUCGGACCAAGACAUCCUAGGCGCGCUCCGAAGCGUGCACCUGCUACCUGCGAUCCAAGAAAAGGGGGACCUGGACACAGACAUCGACGAGCUGCACCUCUCGCACGGCCAGAGACAGCUCUUCUGUCUGGCGCGUGCCCUCCUUCGCCCGGGCAACAUCGUCAUCCUCGACGAAGCGACCAGCAACGUCGACACCAAAACAGACGAGAUCAUGCAACGCGUCAUCCGCGAGAAGUUCUGCACCCGCACCAUCAUCGCCGUUGCGCACAAGCUCGACACAAUCCUGGACUACGACCGGAUCGUCGUGCUGGAUGCGGGCCACGUCGUCGAGACCGGCGAGCCCUUCGCCCUGCUCUCCGAUCCCAAGUCUCACUUCAGCAGGCUAUAUGCCAGCUCGGUAGUCUCCGAGGAUACGGACUAA